CACAAGCAAACGUCUUCAGUAAUCAAAUACAAGUAAUUGGCGAGGUCAACUUCCCCAUCAGAACGCGUACCACCACGGCAAUGACGGGAAGCAAACAACCCCUCAAUCUAGCCUCGUACCAAUGACGUACCCGUUCGUCUUUAGUACAGUACAACAUCAACGGAUAUACUUCAACACCCCUCUUGGCACCCAUAAACCAAACAAUAAACUUAUCCAAAAAAAUUCAAAUCCUCAAAAUGCCAUUCUACGAAAUCAUCCAUCACACAAACCUCACUCACACUCAACGCGAAACCCUCGCCUCAGAAAUCACCACCCUCCACAGCAAGACCUUCUCAGCACCCACUCACUUUGUCAACAUCAAGUUCUCACCCUCUCACAAUGCCUCGAUACUAGCUCCCUCUUCACCUACUGUACCAGAUUAUUUCGUAGCCGGCCGAGCACGAACUCAUCCCAAUCUCAUCUUUGCUCACGUCCGCGGCGGCGCCAGUCGAAGUAAUGUCGCUUUUGCUAAGCUUGCCGAAGAUAUUGAGAAGAUAUGGGAUGAUGUUGUAGGGCUACCUAUGUAUCAUCCUUCUGGUCGUCCGGCGGAGACGCAUCCAACUCAGGCUUCUCAGGGCGGCGGGGAUGAGAAAGAGAAGGAGAAAGAAGGCGGAGAAAAAGAGAAAGAGAAAGGCAUUAAUUGGAAUGAUGAGAGGAGGUUACAGGCUGUGUUUAUCGUUCCUGGGUUGAUUGCUAGAGAAAGUGGACUGGCUAUCCCAGAGGCUGGUGGCGAGCGAGAGUGGUUGCAGCAGAAUAUGGCAACGUUCAAGAAGAGAGCUGAGGAAGGUGAUGAGGACAUGAAGUCGUUGGUUGACGAAGUGGAAGGGAGGCGCAAACCAACCACUGCGGAACAACAAAAUGCUGAGCAAAACGGCGGCGAACAAAAGGAAGUCCCUGACAGAACCAAGAACUGA